AUGAGUAAAUCCACUUUGAACGUCCACCCUGUGGCGUACUUGAAUGCCGACUCCGACCUUAGAACCCAAGGCGAGCGGUCGAAUGCCACCAAAUCGAAUUUCACCGAGUCCACGGGAUCCCCGUUGGGCUCCAUGUCCUCUUCCUACACAGAGGUUUCUUCCGGGCCAGACUCCCCUCCUGACACUCAACCAGCAACCUCUCCAUCCAUGAAGCAGUCUGCCAGCACAUCGUCAGCCACAUUGGGUACCAUGUUGCCAAACAUCUCGUCUCUGGACGCCGUUUGCAACUCCUUUGACACUCAGCCAAGAUACUUGUAUCCUUCGCUAAGACCCCACGUUCCGCAAAUCCCACAACUUCCUUCACUUGCCCUCCAAACACCCCCACGCAUGCAGUCUGCUCCACCAAAAUCCGACGACGAAGGUCCGCUCCAGUGCAAGUGGAAAGGCUGUUCCCAGUACUGCGAUGACGCAAAAUCGCUAUACCAACAUUUGUGUGACACGCACGUUGGCCGCAAGUCAAACAAAAAUUUGGAGCUCAGCUGCCAGUGGGAAGACUGCCAGGUCGUCACCAUCAAGAGAGACCAUAUUACAUCCCACAUCCGUGUGCACAUCCCGCUAAAACCAUACGCAUGUGAUCAAUGUUCAAAGAAAUUCAAGAGACCGCAAGACUUGAAAAAACACGCAAAGACACACUUCGAAGACUCUCGCAAAAACGCAUCCAAGCGCGAAAAACAGAUGUACGAGCAAAUGAGAGGCAACUGGAACUAUAACUACCCUGUUUUCGACCACUCGCCUCUUCCUCACCCGUACGCUUUACCCCCACCUCCACCUCCACCACACCAGUUUGAAAACAGAAAGCGCAAGUUGGACUUUGCAUGGAACGUUCCGUCGCUUUAUGACGAUCUGAAGCGGUCCAAGUUCCAGCCCGUGUACAACUCGGACGUUGCCGGUAAGCUGAACGGCUUCGAUGGUUCUCGUCCGGCGUUUGACCACUCCCUGCCUCCGCUUCAAAACACGAGAUUUGGCGGAUUCCAGUCGCAACAAGAAUUGGUCGAGGCCUCUUCUUACUUCAACCACAUGUCCUCUUCGAUGAACAUGGAUCCUCUGCAUCCAAAGCCGGUUUCUCUUGGAACGUUGUAUCCAUCGAUUUCCGCAAACACCAUGCCUCCGGUGAAUAGAUCCACGGACUCAGAGUUCGUGAGAAAGAUGAACAUCAGCUCCAUGCAGAAGUCGACCGAGGCCGAUCUCGCCGCCAAGAUGGCUGCUGUUGAUCUUUCCGAGCCUUCUGACGACGACGACCGUUCGAGCUUCCACCAGUCUUCCGACUCAGACUCUGAAGAGGAGGCAGACUCGGAGGUUCCUGAGUUCUUCAAACACCGUUUCAUUAUACAGGAGAUUUCCAACUAUCUCAACGAGCUGGUGGCCAGCGCAGAUGUCACCGAAAGACCUGCUGCCAGACAGCCGUUAUAUCCUACAAUGAGCGUUUAG